AUCGAAUUUGUAUACUAAUAGUUAUCAAAUUAUUAAAAAAGUAUCAGCUCCACUUAAGAUCCAAAUCCCUCAUCAUCAACUCUCCUAUAUAAACAUUCGAACUCCUGACAAUUCAUCUCAUAAAAAGGUUAUAAAAAAAAAAGGAAAGAAAACCCAAACAAUGUCUUCAAAUAUAUUGGCCAUGGUGGCCAUGCAACUCCUCCUUAUACGCAUAGUUUCUUCCCAAAACGUUACGAAUGAGUAUUUGAACCACCAAUGCAACAACACACAAGGGACAUACACGCGGGGUAGUACGUUUGAGAAGAAUCUCAACCAAGUCAUCCGUAACAUCUCUCACCUCCAUCUUCGCUACGGUUACACCUACAACUCCAAUGUUGAGGCUUACGAAGUUAGUAAAGAUCCCAACAUUGUCUUCGUUUUGCUCCAGUGUCGUGGUGACUCUUACGGGUCCAAGUGCCACUCCUGCCUCCACACAGCCUUCUCUGGGCUUCGUGAGAGAUGUCGGGGAAACAAAGGAGCAAUAAUAUGGUACGACCAAUGUGUUUUGGAGAUUUCUUCCGUGAAUACCAAGGGGAGGAUUCGUUACGAUAGUUUUUUCAAUAUGACCAACGUGAAGAAUGUGAGCAGCAAUGCGGAGCAGUUUAAAAAUAAAAGGAAGGAUCUCUUCCACAAGCUAUUGUUGGGAGCCACCAAGGAUGUAAGCGACAGCAAUGAUGCGUACGCAGUGGGGGAGACGAGGAUAGGAAGAAAUAAGAUGUAUGCAAUGAUGCAGUGUGCACUAGACUUAACGACGAAUGGAUGCUAUGUGUGUCUAGAAUGGAUUAUAGGCAGGUAUGAUAGCUUCUACUUUGACCGUAGACAAGGAACGAGAGUUUUGAGUAGGAGUUGUAGCUUAAGAUAUGAGCUUUACCCUUUUCUUAGGAGGUAAAAGACUUUUAGAUGCAUGAGAGCUCCAUUUCUCUCUACCGGACCUCUCAAGUUUACUUGUUUGAUUUUCUCUUUUCUUAAAGAGAUAGAAAACACUCAGCAAAAAUAGUAUGGUAUGGAGACUUCUUCAAACAAUUAUUUACGUCGUAUAUGUUUUAUGUUGUUUUAUAUAUAUAUAUAUAUAUAUAUAGCUUUUAUGUAAUUGUCAAUUUCAUCAUGAUCCUGUUCAAUGAUCAAUUAUAGAUGAUAGUGGAUAGAAAAAUAACAUUGUUGAAAUGAGGCUGAGUUGUUAAUUUUUUUUUUUUUU